AUGCCUCCGUCAACGUGGAACACGGCUAAGGCGAAGGUGCAACUUCGACUCUCCGUUCAGCGGCUCCGCAUAGCGCAGCAGAAGAAGGAGGCCCACGCUAAGGGCUCUCGCAGGGACAUCGCCCUUCUCCUGGAGAAGGGCAAGACGGAGAGCGCACGAGUCAAAGUAGAAGCUGUCAUCAACGAAGAUUUGAGCCUUGAAUUAUACGAACUUCUUGAACUUUACUGCGAGUUGCUCGUUGCUCGCUUCGGCCUUCUUGACCAAAAUACUCGAGACCCUGAUCCUGGGAUCAGCGAAGGUGUGUGUAGCAUCAUACAUGCAGCUCCAAGAACCGAAGUGAAAGAAUUAAUGGUUCUACGCGACAUGCUGAUGCACAAGUAUGGGCGCGACUUCUCCAUAGCUGCGAUGGAAAAUCGAAGUAGCUGUGUGAGUGAACGUAUAACGAGGAAACUCAUCAUAGAAACACCCUCGGAAGCACUGGUUGACGCGUAUCUCGGCGAGAUCGCUAAAGCUUAUAGUGUCAAGUGGGCCUCUGCUUCAUCGGUCACUCCUGCGGUACAAGGAAGCAUUGUGGAUGGCCCAUCAGGCAGCGACACCCUGGAAUCGCUUCCGUUGUAUUCCAAGGAAAUUUCGGAUAAAUUGCCGGAUAUUGUAACUGAGGACGAAACUGGGAAGCCCAAGGCAUCAGCAGGAGGAAAAACCUUCCAGAUGGAGCUCUCGAAAGCGGAAUCUGAGGAUGAGUUCGCCGUUCUGGCACGACGCUUUGAGGAAUUAAAGAAGCGCUGA